AUGGUGGCCGUAAAAGACGAAAACAUCAUGUCUCUCCUCCUAGCAUACUCGGCCUCCCACCGCGCCCGCGUCCUCUGCCACGAUGAACCAGCAAACCGCAUCGCCAUGUGGGUCACCGACGUCUUCCCCAAGCUCCGCCAAUCGCUCGCCAACCCCUCGACCAUCACAAACGAAACCCUCGCCCCCGCCAUCAUGAUGGCCUCCCUCGAAAUCAUCUCCCCAAACACCUUCGAAGUCCCCAUCGCCUGGCAAGACCACCUCGCCAUGGCCCGCCAGAUGAUCAUCGCCCGCGGCGGCCCCAAAACAAUGGACAAGUCCGACCACGCGGCUUACUUCCUCUCCCGCUGGUUCGCCUACCUGGACGUCAUUGGAUCGCUCUCAGGUAAUAAAAACGACCAACCGCUAGGAAGCUGGUACUGGAACUCCGCCAACGAGUCCGCAGACUCAGACUUCCAGAUAGACUGCCUCUACGGCUUUACAAACCGGUGCGUCGGGCUCCUCGCCGGCAUCGCCGAGCUCGCAAAGGAAGUCCAGCCCCUGCGCAUCGCCUGCGACGGAACCAUCAACGCGUCCUUCCGGCCCAACGCCUCCGUCGCCGCCCGCGCAGAGCGCAUAAGAAAAGACCUCUGGAAAGGCCUAACCAGCACCGUCGCCCCCACCCACUCAUCCUGCACCCACCGCACCCCACUCCUCCUCCUCCUCCUCCUCCUCCCCUCCUCUUCAGAAAUCCCCUCCGCAACCUCAGAAAUCGACGCCACAAACGAAAUGUUCCACUGGGCUGGCCUCAUCCACUUAUACCGCCGCGUAAACAACUACCCCUCCACCCACCCCGCCGUCCAGCAAUCCGUCUCCCAAAUCAUAGACCUCCUGAAGAAAGUGCGGAGAGGCAUACAAGGCGCUCAUGGACGCGCGGUGCGCGCAGCCUGGACAACAGAGCUGAAUAACGAUCUCCUCUACCUCGCCACCAUCAUCAAACAAUCACAGAAACUGCGCAUCCUACGCAUCCAAGCCACCAGUGAACUGCAUCCGCUACUUCGUCUUCUAGAACGCCGCGACUACCUUUUCCUAUCCACAAUACACGCCUUCUUAUCAGCCAGCAACCUAACUAGUCUAGAGCCAGAUCUAUGCGGUACUCGACUCAUACCGCAUCAAAGCCAAGAGCACGGCGAAGGAUUCCACGUCUGCACGAGUAUCGCCGCGCUUCUUACUACGCUACGACGCUUGCGACUGCGCAUGCGCAGUAUCUGUGCCGAUGUUCUAAAACCCCGACAAGAUAGCACCAAUCUACGUUUGAACGAGAUGCUCAUCAACCUCAGUCUAUCCAACGAGUCACCCCAAAUCACCUCGGCCGCGCACGCCACAUGUUGCGGUUCCUCCACAAGGGGGUUCCUUCAACUGAAAGCAGAUAUGGAGAAGCAGGCGCAAGUUCUCGUGGCACAGAUGGCGGCCCCAAAAACAGUGAGGAUAUUGACGCAUGCGCUUCCGAGUAUUGAAAUGCGGGCGUUCGAUGUCUUGACGGGCAGAAACGUCACAUUGAGUGAGGGUGCGUCGUGGGAUGACGACGGCGAGGCUAUCGAGGACCAAGUGUCGGCCGAGGAGUCCGAGAUUUCGGACCUUUCCUCAGACGACUGA